GAGAGAGAGAGAGUGUGCGAAGGUGUGCGGACGUCCCUCGUCAGAGCUCCAAUAUUUUCUUGAUUUUCUACGCGCUUAUAUCUUCUUUCAGCCAGUAACUACGCUGGCUGCCAAAGGUAUGAUUCCAAUACAAUUAUAAGCCAUAAAAAUCCAAAAGGAACCUGAAAUUCGAGUGAAAAUGGCAUAAACAUUUCAUCCCUGCCUCACUGCCCGUGCCCUACCCCGGCGCCACUCGCGUAAACAAUACAUUGUACUUCCCUCACGGAUAGAAAUUCCCUCCUCCUGCACCUGCUUCUGCCGUGAUAUAUAUUAUUGCAGCACUAAUGGCCUCUGCAACUCGAAGCAAGAUUAAAAAGACGGAUAAGGAAGCGGACAUGGAUGAGGGAACUAUCCUGACCCUAGAUGGCGCCACCACCAACAACAACAACACUGGCGACAAGGACGGAGCAGGUGGCCCCGCCCCCACACCUGUCGUGCCCGACGGAGCCCAGUGCUACACUUCUGACGGCAAAAUAAUCCGUCUGCUGACUUCAUGGUCUGACAGCCCACAGUUAUGAACUACACUACCAAGAAGACUGUAUGCAGAGGAUAAAAAUGGCAAAAAUACCUCAUUGGUUCCUCAUCCCGCUACAUACACGUUCGCCCACAAGCCCCGCCCACCUGUGUCGACGUCACGUGCUCUUCUACGGAAUGGAAAGCAGUUACGUCGCUCGUCUGGCAGUAGCAGGACGUACUAACGAGACUCUGCUGGCUGCUUGAGAAGGUUGAUCCUGUUGUUAAAGGACCUAAACUGUUUUGUAAGAAUGCUGCUGUUCCUGCCCGUACUGAUGACGGCGGUGGGCGUGGCGUGGGGUUUCAGCAGCGGGAACGUGGGGUGGGCGUGCGGCUCCAUGUCCCCGGGCCAUCUGCUGACGUCCGCCGAGACCGCACCACCGCCUUUCGAGGUCUACGCGGAGGAAUACGAGGCGGGGUACUACCUAGUGACGGUCUUCGGCAGGAGGGACCAGUUCAAGGGGCUCCUGAUGCAGGCCCACAACCCGAGGAGGAAGCGCGUGGGGGUCUUCACGCAGGUCGAGGGCGGACAGACCCUGAACUGCGGCUACGAAGGGGACGCCGUGGCACACAACAACGGCGAUUUAAAGAGCCAGGUGAGAGCGCUGUGGCACCCCAAUGGCUACACAGGCCCGGUGAGGUUCAGAGCCACGAUCGUCAAGAGCUACGGCACCUACUGGACUGACGUGUUAUCCAACCCCAUAGAGGUUUAAGAUCCGGGUCGCGUAAUCGUGAUCAAAACAGCUGUUCUUCUGUCUCUCUUUCUCUGUCUUUCUGUCUUUCUCUCGCUCUCUCUCUCUCU